AUGGAUUUUGGACACAAACACACGUGGAAUCAAUUGACACACAUUUACCACACUUUCACACAUGAUAUCAAGUCAUUCAACACAUCACUCGAUGCACAUCCAGUGCCCGAAGACAUCACAUCCAGAGAUGACAACAAACACAGUGUCCGACAACUCAUUCAAACAGAAGAGACAAGAAGUGAACCAAAGAAGGCAUUGAAUGGCAAUAAAGCGAAGACAACAACAAAAGGGAGACAUAAAAACUUAAAGAAGAGAAAAAGUGAUGAAUCGGACGAUAAUUCUGACCAUAAUUGGGAACAGACUUUAAGUGAUGAAGAAAUGGAUGACAAAAGCGUUCAGAAAAAGAGAAAAUACGUUAAGAAAAGCGAAAAAAGUGGUGAAAACGUGAAGACAACACCACUGAAGAAGAAAUAUAAAGAUAUGAGAAUUCUUGCGGCGAAUGGGAAGCGCUUUCGACCGAAAUCUUAUAUUUGUGAAUACAUUGGAUGUGAUAAACGGUUCACCGAAAGCGACUUUCUUUUGGCACACAUUCGAGUCAAACAUACAAAGGAGCGGCCAUUUGUGUGUGACGUCUGCCACAAGACAUUCCCUACGGAGAGGUGUCUUCGGGCGCAUCAGAAGAUCCACAAUCGGCAACAGACUUCAAGUGAUUACAUGAAGACAACGACAACAACACUGAGGAAGAAAUAUAAAGAGAAGAGAAUUCUUUCGGCGAAUGGGAAGCGCUUUCGACCGAAACCUUAUAUUUGUGAAUACAUUGGAUGUGACAAACGGUUUACCGAAAGUGAAUUUCUUUUGGCACACAUUCGGGUCAGACAUACAAUGGAGAGGCCGUUCGGGUGUGACGUCUGCCACAAGACAUUCCCUACGGAGAGGCGUUUUCGGACGCAUCAGAAGAUCCAUACGGAAGACAAGCAGCGGUUCCGGUGCUCGUGGAUGGGCUGUGACUCCACUUUUCGCACCAAAAGUUGUCUUGAGGUUCACAUGCAAUCACAUGAACAACUUCGGCAAUACGGGUGCGAUGAAUGUGACCAACGAUUUAACACCAAAAGUAAUCUACAAUCGCAUAAGAAGUGCCGGCACUCGGAUGCCCGACCCUAUGUGUGUGAUUGGCCCGCAUGUGAGGCCACGUAUAAGAACUCAACGUUGAUUCAAAGCCAUAAAGAGACACAUCUGGCACUAAAACAGUAUGUCUGCGAUAGAGAGGGUUGUGGUAAAGUGUUUGUUACUAAAAAGUAUUUAUAUCAACACAAACGCCAACACUCUCUGCCAUUUGUGUGCAGUUGGCCCGCAUGUGACCGACGGUUCCCCUCUAAUGAUCGACUCCAGGACCACAUGAACUCACAUCAAGGGCUCCGAGUUGUCGAGUGUCCGGUCGAGGGUUGCGAUAAGACAUUCACAUCCAAACCCUGUGCGCGACAACACUUAAGACAAGUCCACAAAUAUAAGACCACUGAAGGACUCAUUCCUAUCAAGAAAUAA